GUGUCCAACAGAGGGAAACAGCUUAUCUCCAAAUCUACAAAAAGGACCAGAUCCCCUCGAGGACACUGGAGCAGGGACCACCUUAAAUCGCAUGCUGACAUAACGAGUGCACUACUCUCCACCCAUAUCCGAGGCGAGUCAGUAAAGAGGUGUCUCACCUUCCCGGCUCAGUAUCAAGACAGACACCGGUGCGCGCACAUCUCAGAGCGCGCAGGCACCUCCGGAAAGAACAGCAGCUUCUUAUUGGUCAGAACAAGACUCGAGCUGUGGUGCGUAACGACGCACGGUGGACACGCACGGCUCCUGGCAGAGAAUACACUGAGAAACCUCCCGUGGACUUUUCAAGUGAUUGGAUUUACACGAGUUUUUUUUUUUUUUUUUUGUAUUACUGACUUGGUUUUACUUUAUAUGCCAAAGCUGGGGGAACACACUGGAAGACAACGCAGUCCAGCGCGAGCCUUCACAGUUUUCGCCACGAUAAUUGGUUAUCGGAUGGACCAGCAUCCCAGCGCCCGGAGCUGCACCAGUCGCGGGGCUUCGUCCUGCGAGGCCGUCCCGACCGAGCCCUCCAUGAAUCUCUACAUCCAGUCCACCACCGGCACACGCUUCGAGCUCUCCCUGCCCCUGGAGGAGACCGUGGAUGGACUGAAGAGGAGGCUGUCGCAGAGGCUCAAAGUACCGAAAGAGAGACUCGCGCUGCUGCACAAAGAAACGCGCCUAAGUUCAGGCAAACUCCAGGAUCUUGGCAUAUCUGAUGGGAGCAAGUUAACGCUUGUACCAACUGUUGAAGCAGGAUUAAUGUCGCAAGCAUCAAGACCAGAACAGUCCGUAAUGCAAGCCUUGGAGAGCUUAACAGAAACUCAGGUCAGUGACUUCCUGUCCGGCCGCUCCCCCCUCACUCUCGCGUUGCGUGUAGGUGAUCACAUGAUGUUCGUCCAGCUGCAGCUGGCGGCGCAGCAGUCUGGCGGCCCCCAACUCCAGCACAGACACCUCAUCACCCGCGGCAGCACAGAGACGGCAGCGGGACAGCCCACAGGACAGCCCCGUGUCCCCCACCCUCACCCGCAUUCCCACAACCUUCCCCAUCAUCCACAUAGCCAGCCCAGCCCCCACUUGUCCCAGCCUCACCCGGUACCUUCCUCUCCAUCUUCCCCGGCCUCUGCUUCUUUCCCCCUGCCCUCGACGCACCACCAGCCGCUCCCUCCCAUGUACCACCAGACGCCCUCCUCGGCUCAUUGUAGCCCUCCUACUCCUCCUCCUCCGCCCCACUCCCCUCGCCCGACGCACAACCCUGGAGGUCUUUUCCGCUCACCAGCUCAUAACCAUCACCACCAUCACCACUACCAACAGCCUACUCCAAGCCAACCCAGCCAUGACAUCGGCCAGGCCAGCCCUGUAGCCCCGGUCCUCUGCCCUGAGGAUAACUGCAGCACCAACAGCCCUACAAAUGGCACCAGUCCCUCGACACGCUCCCGUAAACCUGGCGCCAUCAUUGAGAGCUUUGUCAACCACGCUCCGGGAGUCUUCUCAGGGACCUUUUCAGGCACUUUGCACCCUAACUGCCAGGACAGCAAUGGGCGUCCGAGACGAGAUAUUGGUACCAUCCUGCAGAUCCUCAACGACCUCUUGAGCGCAACACGCCAUUACCAGGGCAUGCCACCCUCCCUAACCCAGCUUCGGUACCAGACCCAGUGUGGCACACCCACGUCCCCGUCCCCCUCCCCCUCCCCACCUCCCUCACCUCCAGUUGCUAGCGUGACGGGCCUCUCUGCCAAAGCUACCUCUGUGCCUGCUGUCAGCCCCAUCGUCCCUCCGCCGACUCUUCAUCCGCUGGUGCAGUGCCAGAGCCAGAUCCGCAUGUGCAAACCCCCUGGUGACCGUGUGCGUCAGACAGAGAACCGUGCAACCCGCUGCAAGGUGGAGCGCCUGCAAGUGUUGAUGCAGCAGAAGCGUCUGCGCAGGAAGGCCAGGAGGGACCAGCGCGCCCCUUAUCAGUGGCUGCCCAACCGCAAGGCCGGGCGCAGCAACAGCAACAGCAGCAUAUCCAGCGAGGGCUCCAUGGACCUGGACUUUGACGACUCGGUGUGGAAACCAGACGUCAAGGCUGAUUUGAAGUCUGAGUUCGUCAUGGCCUGAACCGUCUGAUCCCCUCACCCUGGAGGGGAGGGGCAGAUUCAAAGAUGUGCAAAGCCUUGCUUGGGAUUUACAUAAAGAUAUAUUUUGAGGGACUGGAUUGGCGGGAGAAUGACAGAGAUCUGUGCAAAGCUAAAAUCAAGGUUGUCCAUGUGACUGGCUUCUCUCACACGAUAAAAAAGGGGCUCCCUCCCUGCAGACUUUAAUCCCAUCCUGUCCUUCACAGUUGACCUUGUGGAAAAUACAGCAACAGCAGCAACAGUACUUUCUUGCCGUGCUUGGAUUUGGACAGGCGACAACCGGACUCAACAGUGUAUAAGACUUUUCUAUGGUUUGAUCACAGAGACCUUACCUGAACUUGAGCAUAGCAGAAUUCAGUGGGUGGUGGUGGUGGUGGUGGUAUUUUCAGAUUUUCUUGUUCAAAGUUUUUUUUAAAGAACACUCUGAACAGUAAUGAAGAGAUCCACACUGGACUUAUUAAGAGAACAGGAGCACCAGAGGCCUCAGUGUUUCCUAAUCGAAAGAAAGGCAGAACUGCCAAACUAUGGAUUAUUCCGACGGGCAUUCUUAUCGAUUUCAAAAACUCACCAACCAGAGUCCAGUUUUUACCUGUUAUGGGGUGGUUACACUUCUUUUUGUUUUCCUUUUCCAUUUUGAAAACAUACUAUUAUAUUUUAUAAACAAAAAAUAUGUAGCAUUGUUCACAAAGCAUUCAGGUUUUCAUAUAACAGUUGAGAGUGGUUGUUGAUUUCCUUGAUUUUUAACAGCCGGUCAAAGUGUGCAAGGAGGGGAGGAGGUGGGGCCUGACAUAGAAUAAAAAAAAAAGAAAAGAAUAUGGAAGUAUUGAUAUCAACCUCAGUGACAUAUGGUAUCGAUAGGGAUGAUUAAUGAAUAAAUAAAAUGAAUUAAGAUUAACAGAAAGUGCUUUAGAGGAUUUUUAAAUCUUUAAAAUGUAUAUGGAUAAAAAAAUCUAUUUUUAUUUCACUUCCUAUCUGCUGUUUUCAAAAAACGGCAGCCCUCUGUGGCUUUAGUCCAGUCGCUAGACUACCGACAAAUAAUCCAUUCAAUCAUCCAUUAGCGCAUUCAUGAUUUAUAGUCUUCUAGACGCAACAAAAAGAUAUGGAGAGACAACUUUCAUCCAGCCCGCCUCAUGUCUCACAGACCUGAAUGGACCUGUUGAGGGUUUUGUAUUAGUUUGUGUAUAUAAAUGUGACAAUUGGCAAAGGUUUAUGAGGGUGUGUGUGUGUGUGCCUGUGUCUUUUUGACUUUAUUGUAAUUUGAUUUAGAAAUAUCCCAUGUUUUUGUCUGGGUUGUCGUCUCCCAGGUGACCCCAUAGUUUCUCAAAAUGACAAAGAACAGCUGCAGUGAGUGCGGGCGUCACAACUUGAUAUCAUAACAGGAUCAAACUCCAAAUUCUGAGUCGUUUAGGCACGUUCGAUUCGAUAGUGGCUAUUUUUUUAUUGGCAUAGAGCGAGAAGAGGUGGGAUCUGUAUCCAGCAUCAUUAUCUAGUGCCUCCACCAGUACAUCCAUUGACAUAUCAGGUUAGGCCUUUUACAGUUUUGCUGCUACACACGGGGACUUGAAAUGAAAAAAAAAUAAUGAUAACAACAAUAAUACAAGCGGGAGGUAAACGUGACUUUUCUUUGCAUGCAGAAGUGUGAAAUUAAAACAGAUGUUUUUUUCUAUUGAUGGCAGAAAAAAAAAGAAACUGGUGCUGUGGAAAUGAAGGUUAACAACAUGCAUGAGUUUGUGAAGAUAAUAAACAAUGCAGCUUUUGUUGGUUAGGUUUUUUUGUAACUUUAUAUUUCUCAAUGUUAGAGCGACAGUGCCCUGCUAAAGUAUUAACGACGAAAAAAACAAAACAGAUGAAGGUGAAGUGUGGACUUCUUGCUCAGCACUGAACAUUCCUGUUGUGUGACACUGAAGCUGAUGAGCAAAGAGCAACAGACUCUCUCGCUCUCUCUCUACUCCCUGAACGCUGAGUUUUACCCCCAGUGGCUCUCAAGGAUCCAGAUAGCCCCACGAACCGUUGCGCCACCUCCCCUCCUCCUCCUGGCCUGAACGCCAAGCCAAGGAUGGCGUGGAAGUAUUUUCACAGGGAACCAACAGCCCGGCAGAUUAACCUGUACUGUCCGUCGAACCUACUGGAGAGAAGCAUCCGUCUGGCAUCUGUCUCUUUUAUCCGUCUGUCUGAUCGAGCGACCACCCUAUACCACAAUUGCACUCCCACAGAUUGCAGUGAGAGAUUACCUUUUCGGUGAACCUCAUCUUUUUUUUAAGUGGCCUUACCUUUCACUAAAAAAAUGAGACAUUUGGGGACAAUGGGGGCGGGAAUGUUUUUAUUUUGUAUCUUUCUCUGUGUAUCAUUGUCGGAUCUUGUUGUCAUCAAGGCGCCAUUUUUUUUUGUUUUGUUGUCACUGAGGACACUGGGCAUCUGUUGUUUAGUGCUUUUAGCUGGUGGAGUCUCUAUUAUGUCAAGGCUUCUGUGCCUUAAAAUUGUUGCCCUUGCAGUGUCAGUGUCAGAUUUAAGCUUGUUUUCAUUGGUUGGUACACACGACUGUAGUAUUCGCAGCCACGAGAGUCAUAGAAUUUUAGGGGUACAGCUUGUUUGAGUAAAUCGAAUGCUAUUCCGAGAAAAAACUUGGUGUUGUUGCUCAAAUACUGUCCUUGUCCCACUUCUUCAUUGUGUUGCCAUGCUUGUUUUGCGUCGUCCAAACCUCACACCCCCUCUUGAGUCAGUCCUCCCACCGACAAGCUGCAGAAGUACACAAAUCUCAUACCAGCUGAGGAAGUUUACGCCACAGUACUCAGAUGGCAGGAAUUAGCCCUAAUUCAGAAUAAGACAAGUCCUGUGAGGACUCCAGACUUACAUGCACUUGCUGUUUCCUUGGAUACAACACGAUUUAAAAGGACGACCUGCCCCACACAAAUUUUAUUUAAUUCUUUUUUUCUUUUUCUUUUUGUAUAUGUAUGAACUAUACUCUGUGUGUGCCUCACUUCUGUGUGAAACUCAAAAAGACGAAACAAAACGAAAAGAUGACAGAAGCAUUACAGAGAGGGUAAAAAAACAGUACGUUGGCGGAAAUCCUGAUCACGUCAUUUAAGUUGCCUGUUAUUUCUUGUAGCCAACUAUUGAAAAUAACAGGAUUCAAGAAUACAAUUUACAAUGUUCUAGCUCUAGACCGGUGUAGCACAUGUGUGACUGUAUUAAUUUAUGAAACCAAAAUGGUAACUGUGAAUUAUGUAUUUCUUUGUGCAUUUUUUAAAAAAAGUGGGGGAGAAGGUUUGUUGAGGACGAGGCAGCAGCUGAUGUCCGUUAAAAAAACAACUUUCUUUUGUUUUUGGUGGAAUAUAAUGGAAUCAACAAUACGUUUCUGAAAAAGAGAAAAAAAGAAGAAAAAAAAUGAAAGCAAAAAAAAGAAAAAAUAUAUGAAUAUAUUUUUUUUUCUUAAGCAAUACAUUUCAGUGUGACUUGUGAUAGAACAUUUUUCUUUUUUAGGUAAUAAAUAAAAAACAAAACGAGUACA